UGAUCGAGGAGACCGGGGCGUUGAAGUGCUUUCUUCUACAGACGUGCUGCUACCAAACACGAAAGAAAUGGCAUUUAGCACCACCCUGCGGGGCACGCCUCUGAGCCGGACACCGUUCAAGGCCGCAAAGCCCCAGGGCGUCCGCGCGCCUGCAUCACGUGUAGCUCUGGUUGUGGAAGCCAACAAGAAAGUCCUAAAGAAGACCAAGGUUAUCCUUGUGAACGACAUCCCCAAUGUUGGUCGCGAGGGCGAGAUCAAGAGUGUGCCGGUGGGCUACUGGCGCAACUUCCUGCUGCCCAACGGCAUGGCCAAGAUUGCCAGCGAAGCCAUCCUAGACAAAAUCCGCCGCAAGAAGGAGGAUGAGAUCCGGAAAAAGAUGGAGGAGAAGGCGCAGGCGCAGGCUUUUGCCAACGCGCUGUCCACCAUCGGCAAGUUCACCCUGAAGAAGAAGACGGGCGACAAGGACCAGAUCUACGGCAGCGUGCAGGUGCAGGAGAUUGCGGACGCCAUCUACCAGCAGACGGGGCGUAACGUGAGCGACUGCGAGAUUGCGGUGCCGGAGAUCAAGUCGGUGGGCACCUACGAGUGCACCAUCCGCCUGCACCCGGAGGUCCUGGGUACCUUCUCGGUUGUGGUGCAGCGGGAGAAGAACGUGCUGACGGUGCGGGCAGCGGACAGCGGCAAGAAGGCCAAGAAGUAAAAGCUUGGGCGGAACAGUGGAGGGGGAGGGGAACAUGCAGGCGAGGUACCAGGGUGGGACUGGGCAGCAGCUGGUGCGCCACAGGCGGCAGUCAGCACGCAGCCCCAUGCGGUGUGCGAGGCGGUAUGCCCCGCCAUUGUCCGCAUGCGCGAGGGCGCGCUAGUAGAUAUCCGAGCGGCCCGUGUCGCGUGGAUUCCACAGGGAGAUGUGAAUUGGCGGCGCUAUUGUUGGGUUGGCUGUCGCCUCUCUUUCCUUACAAGAGUGAAAAGGGAGGCGCAUGGACGGUCCUCACGCAUGUUUCGGUACUGUCUAACAAGCUGUAGGGGUGUGUGGAGGUGGCUGGCCUGCACGGCCGCUGCCCGCAACCCUGCCCACGGGGCCAUUUUUGAACAUGACAAGCUCUGGGAUGUGGCUGUCUAUUAGCGGCGAUUAGACCAUUCGUUUGUGUGCGUGUGUCAUCGAGCGCAUGAAUCCGCUGUAGCGUAGUCAGACGUCGAUCAGAGUGACGGCUGAGGCGGGUCAGCAUCCGGCAAUUUUGUCCAUUGGUAUAGCCGGUGUGGCCCGCCUUCAGCACAUUUUCUUCAGUCCCUCUUUGGCAGAGGAAAUGAAACUGCGCUGGCAAGCGGAACUGUUCUGAACUGAAGGCGUGUGACCCUUCUUGCCUGAACACAUGUAAACCAUAAAAUUUCUUCUUCA